AUGAUUACCCAUGAAUAUGAUCAGAGUGAAAUUUCAAUGAACAUGGUGCCGCAGCAAGCCAUGGUGACAAUAGCGAUAGUACCGAAUAAAAAACAGGUCGAUGAAUUAGAACCAUCAUUGAUGUAUUCGAUGUUAUUUCAAGAAAUAUUAUUAGAGAUAGAAGAAGAUGACACACAAGUUGUACGAGACCUUGUCGUUUGUUGUCGUGGCAAAGGUACUCAUGAAUACCAAUUAAAACAGUUUCAGGAUGAAUAUGAGCAGAAAUCAGCUAUUUGGUGGUAUAACUUUGAAAUCUUCCUCUAUGGAAUGCUUAAUCGCGCUUUAAGAUUGUUCGACACGGAGACGAUGAUGAAAAUGGGCGUUUUUGUUCGAAAUCUUCAUCAACAACUAGCACAGCUGCACAAAGAACAAUUCAGUGCGUAUGUAGAAAAAUUUAAUGUUUGUCGUGCUCAAGGGCUAAGAAAUAAGGAAUUUCAGCACCUCCUCGAUCCCCAAGGUGGAUUACUUGCAUUCAACAACUUCCUAUCAACUAGUAAAGAAUGGCAACAGCCACAGAGUUUGUUGAGCGCAAGAUGA